UGGUUUCUACUUGGGUUCUAGACUUCUCUUCUCAGCUCAACAAAAUGGGACCUCUCUUCUCUUCUCUCCCACCUCAAAGCGCAUACACUUCCAGAUUCUCUGCACAAAAUACAUCAAACACUUACACCAAAAGCCAUCUAUACUUUUUCGUUGUUCACAAGUGAUAUUUUAUUAAAUCUAGUGUGAUGAAUCCGGAGAAAUUCACUCACAAGACUAAUGAAGCCCUUGUCGGGGCUCAUGAGCUGGCCAUGAACGCAGGGCAUGCUCAAAUUAUACCCUUGCAUGUGGCUGUGUUCUUGCUUUCCGACCAUAAUGGUGUUUUUUGGCAAGCGAUUGUGAAUGCCAGUGGUGGUGAGGAAGGGGCGAAAUCGGUUGAGAGGGUAUUCAAUCAGGCGUUGAAGAAGUUGCCCUCUCAGACUCCGCCUCCUGACGAAGUCCCGGCUGGUACUUCACUGAUCAAGGCAAUCCGGCGGGCGCAGGGAUUGCAGAAGUCCCGGAAGGACACGCAUUUGGCUGUUGAUCAGUUGAUUUUGGGACUGUUGGAGGAUUCCCAAAUUGGGGACCUUUUGAAAGAAGCUGGGGUUAGUGCAACUAGAGUGAAAUCUGAGGUUGAGAAGCUUCGAGGAAAGGAGGGGAGAAAGGUUGAGAGUGCUUCAGGGGAUACUACAUUCCAAGCACUUAAGACUUAUGGCCGUGAUCUUGUGGAGCAGGCGGGAAAGCUUGAUCCUGUGAUUGGUAGGGAUGAGGAGAUCCGAAGGGUUGUUCGGAUUCUCUCAAGAAGGACAAAGAAUAAUCCAGUUCUUAUUGGAGAGCCCGGGGUUGGGAAAACAGCAGUUGUUGAAGGCUUAGCACAACGGAUUGUUAGAGGUGAUGUUCCAAGUAAUCUUGCUGAUGUUAGACUUAUAGCAUUGGAUAUGGGAGCAUUGGUGGCUGGAGCGAAGUAUAGAGGUGAGUUUGAAGAGAGGCUGAAGGCUGUUCUAAAAGAAGUUGAGGAAGCAGCAGGGAAAGUGAUUCUCUUCAUUGAUGAAAUACAUUUGGUUUUGGGGGCUGGACGGACAGAGGGGUCUAUGGAUGCUGCCAACCUCUUCAAGCCAAUGCUAGCUAGGGGCCAGUUGAGGUGCAUUGGAGCCACAACACUAGAGGAGUACAGAAAAUAUGUGGAGAAGGAUGCUGCAUUCGAAAGGCGUUUCCAACAGGUUUAUGUUGCUGAGCCUAGUGUAGCUGACACAAUCAGUAUCCUACGAGGGUUGAAGGAGAGGUAUGAAGGACAUCAUGGUGUAAAGAUUCAGGACAGAGCCCUUGUGAUUGCAGCCCAACUCUCUGCUCGAUACAUCACAGGACGACAUUUGCCAGAUAAGGCUAUUGACUUAGUAGAUGAGGCUUGUGCCAAUGUGAGAGUCCAGCUUGAUAGUCAACCUGAAGAGAUUGAUAAUCUGGAGAGGAAAAGGAUUCAGUUGGAGGUAGAACUUCAUGCACUUGAAAAGGAGAAAGACAAGGCUAGUAAAGCUCGACUUGUUGAAGUGAGGAAGGAACUUGAUGACUUGAGGGACAAGCUCCAACCUCUAUUGAUGAAAUACACCAAGGAAAAGGAACGAAUCGAUGAGCUCCGACGGCUCAAACAGAAGAGGGAUGAGCUUAUGAUUGCUUUACAAGAAGCUGAGAGGAGAUAUGAUCUUGCUAGAGCUGCAGAUUUGAGAUAUGGGGCAAUUGAAGAGGUGGAAGCCGCAUUAGCAAAGCUUGAGAAUAGAUCCGAGGAGGAUAAAGAGGGCACAAUGUUAACUGAGGCUGUUGGACCAGAUCAAAUUGCAGAAGUAGUGAGCCGCUGGACAGGUAUACCUGUCACAAGGCUUGGUCAGAAUGAGAAAGAGAGAUUGAUCGGCCUUGCUGAGCGGUUGCACCAACGAGUGGUGGGACAAGAUCAUGCAGUUAGUGCUGUUGCGGAGGCGGUGUUGAGGUCUAGAGCAGGAUUAGGAAGGCCACAACAACCCACUGGUUCAUUCCUUUUCUUGGGGCCCACUGGUGUUGGAAAAACUGAGCUCGCAAAAGCUCUUGCAGAGCAGUUGUUUGAUGAUGACAAAUUGAUGAUUAGGAUUGACAUGUCUGAGUACAUGGAGCAACAUUCAAUCGCCCGACUAAUUGGAGCUCCACCAGGUUAUGUUGGACACGAGGAAGGUGGUCAGCUUACAGAAGCUGUAAGGAGGCGACCUUACAGUGUUGUACUUUUCGACGAAGUAGAGAAAGCUCAUCCAACCGUGUUCAAUACCUUACUUCAAGUUCUGGAUGACGGAAGGUUGACUGAUGGACAAGGUCGUACAGUUGAUUUUACUAAUACUGUUAUCAUAAUGACUUCGAAUCUUGGAGCUGAGUACCUCUUACGAGGGCUCAUGGGCAAAUGCAGCAUGGAGAGUGCUCGUGAAAAGGUGAUGCAGGAGGUGAGGAAACACUUCAAACCCGAGUUGUUGAAUCGCCUCGAUGAGAUUGUAGUGUUUGAUCCUUUAUCUCAUGAGCAAUUGAGGAAAGUAUGCCGCCUUCAACUAAAAGACGUGGCAGCUCGUCUAGCCGAGAGAGGUAUUGCAUUGGGCGUAAGCGAGGCAGCUUUGGAUGUUAUACUGGCACAGAGCUAUGACCCAGUUUAUGGCGCAAGACCGAUUAGGAGAUGGUUGGAGAAGAAGGUAGUGACAGAGCUGUCAAAGAUGCUUGUGAAGGGGGAGAUAGAUGAAAACUCCACAGUAUAUAUCGAUGUCGGGGCUGAGGCUGACGGGGAGCUUACAUAUCGGGUGGAAUAUGGAGGGCUUGUGAAUGCUGCCACCGGACAGAAAGCCGAUAUCCUUAUUGACAUCCCCAGUGGCCCUAGGAGUGAUGCAUCCCAAGCUGUUAAAAAGUUGAAAAUUGAAGAAAUUGACGACGAUGUUGAUAUGGAGGAUUGAAGAAGAAACACAAUGCCAGAUAUUAACAUGCUAAUGUGUAUGGAAAAGAAUGUUUCUUAAGGUUGUUUGUCUUCCUUCUUGAUGAGAGUGUGUUGGUUUCUGUAUAAAUAUAUAAAUAAUAAAAUGCCAUGUCUAUAAUUCCUUGAGGAUUUUUCUUUUAAUACCCCGAGGGAAACAAAAUUAGAUUAGAUUGUAGUUAGACUUGUCCAAUGUAUCUAAUUAUGUAUGUAUGUAUGUAUUUCUAGCC